ACUCUUUAGUCGGGAUUCGGGUGUAGCUUGCUACAUAUAUAUUUAUCUAUGUUCGGGUGGUGUAAAAGCUAGUAAGGUGAUUGCAAUUGCAAAUUCGAUUAAAAUAUUAAUCUGUUAGUGUCCAUAUACCGUGUUUGUUUCUCCUAGCAACAGCUCGGAAUAUUAGAGACAAAAUCGGCGGCCAUAUGACGCUCGGUCGACGCUCAACACAAUCCAUUUCUUAAACCAAACUGCGGUAAGAAAACAAGAUGGCGUCGAAGGCAAUAUACGAAGCGACCGGCAAAGAUAUUAUAACCAGGCACAUAGCACCUGGUACGGCUCUUGUGCCGUGUCGGUUCGCGGUGUUCGAGCAGGACACCGUGUGGGAGGACGAGAUCGGGAAGAACCCAUGGAUCACCAAAGAGAAAUUGGUGGUGAAACCAGACCAGCUGAUCAAGCGGCGGGGUAAGCUGGGCCUCGUGGGCGUGAAUUUGACCGCGGCGGAGGUGCGCCGUUGGCUCGCAGAACGUUCGGGGAAGGGGCAGCAAGUUGGCGCCGCGGUGGGCAAGCUGAGGCGCUUCGUUGUGGAGCCCUUCGUGAAACAUGAAGACAACGAGGAGAUGUACCUUUGCAUUCAGUCGGGUCGGCGUUCGGACACCAUCUUGUUCCACCACCAGGGCGGCGUGGAUGUUGGCGAUGUUGACGCAGUCGCCAUCAGGCUCGAGGUGCCAGUGGACACGUUUCCCUCCGGCGAGGAUGUCAAGCGAUUGUUAUUGAAAAAUGUCAAAUCCGCCACAGUUAAAAGGCUGAUAAUUACGUUCAUCCUGUCCCUAUACCAAGUGUAUGUGGACCUCCACUUCACUUAUAUGGAGAUCAACCCGAUCGUGGUGACCGGCGAGAGGAUUUACCUUCUGGACUUGGCUGCGAAGCUAGACCAGACGGCGGACUUCAUCUGUGCGAAGAAUUGGGGGGAGGUGACCUUUCCGCCGCCGUUUGGGAGGGACGCGUAUCCGGAGGAGGCUCAUAUCGCGGAUCUGGACGCGAAGAGUGGGGCCAGUUUGAAGGUACUAUACUUUAUUUAAUUUGAUAGGGUUGCCGACUAUGUUAAAUAAAUGUUCAAAUAUGGUAUGUGCAAGUGGUCUAUGACCAUUCUAGUACCGGAAAUCAACAGUUGUUAUAGAUAUGAAAGUGAAGAAAAUAAUAUUUAGGAAAUGCAAAAGGAUGAUAGAAAAUAAAACGGUUGUACGUUAGAAACAGUUAACCAUACUUCACCACUACUUCAUCACUACGUUUAGAAAGAACUUGGUAGAGCCAUGUUGCAGCUAUAUUGUUGUAUACUUGUAGCACGAAUGUGUUGGCUCUACCGCGGAAGGAACACGCUCUCACAUAAUACCAGCGUAAAAUAGCAGCUUAAUGCUGCUGUUUUUUUCGUAUGGUAAGUGUAGAGAACCGGAGACCCUUUUUACUGGAAAAGAGGCAUUCCAUCUUAGUCCUCACGGGUGACAACGCAUCUGCAUUUUGAUACGUAAUCGAGGAUAGAUGUAGAUGUCUAUGGGCCCCAGAAACCACUUACCAUCAGGUGGACUGUGUGCCCUUAUCCUAUAAAAAGAAGUAUUGUUGUCACUUAGUGAAAGAAUUUCACUAAGUGACAACAAUUGCAAGUAUAAAUUAUAAUAAUAAUACCCUCCAGACCCAAUUUUAGUCACGGCGGCCAGUCUCAACGGAGACUAGCCAUCGGCGCAGGACAGGAUUAUAGUGCCCGAGAGUAUGCGCAAGCACAGUGCACUCUAUUUCCCUCACUCUCAUAGUGCGCUGGGACGGUUAUAUGACACGAUCAACGCAGGAGCAACGGCUUUACGUGCUUUCCGAGGUACAGGGGUGAGACACCGCCACGUCCUGACUCCAGGCUGCCACUGAGAAUUUUUGAUGGAAAAGCUCAAUAGAUGAUUUUUUUUUGGUCCGACCCGAGAUAAAUAAUUUACAUAAAAGUGCUAGUUUGUAUUUAGAAAGAAACGAUGGACAUUUUGAACAAUUACGACGAUAUUGUUAAAAAGGUAAUUUUUUUCUUUGUAAGUUACAAUAAUGUAAUAUUAAUUUAAUUAUAUAAUAAAUUUAAUUUUUAAUUAAGUUUUGUAAAUAUCAAUCAGUAUAGUUUGUAAAUAAGUUAAUUUCGAUAUUUUAAAUACGGUUUAGAUGUUGCAGUAUACGGUAGGCAUAAAAUAUAUUUUUAGGAACUGUUUAUAAAUUCAUUAUAACGCUUACAACUUUUUCAUUUGUAAACGAUUUAUCCUACUUAUUUUUGUUUUACGCAAAUGCCGUAGUAUAAAUUGUUUUUAUGUUUGUCUUUUUUGGAUAUUGGGAAAUUUCGCCUAUCAGUUAUAUUUUACAAAUACUUUCGAGGAUAGCUUGUAUUCCAUUUACACAAAACACCGUAUUAUUUUUCAGACGGUAAAAAGUCAUCUAGUACAUGUUCUCGCUGAGUUUCUUACAGAUUCUAGACAGAAGUAUUUUCUGAACCAGUUGUAAACAAAACACAAUUUUCAAUAAAUAUUAUGUAAUAAUCUAUAUUGAAUGAAAAAUUGUUCUAUUCUAUACGAAAUACAGCAGUAAUAAUCUGCUAUUUCAUGGUGGUAUUCUGUGGGUGGUCCUUCUUCGGUCGAGUCGGCCCGUUAGUGCCACAACCCUCCACUACUAAAGUACUUAUGAAUAUUGACUCACACAGGUUUAUUUUGCAAUAACCGGCUAAAUUUGCAAAGACCGUUUAGAAUAAGUAAUAUAGGCAAAUGGCGAAGAAAAAAAUUAUCUCAAACAUUUUGUCUUUUUUAUCUUUUAAAUUCAAAAUGCGUGGUAAUUCAUUGUUUUAACUGACUACUGCGCACGCACACAUUCGUAAGGGUCGAUCGGUCGACAAAAACGUCGCGAAUUGAAACGCACAAAUUAAUUUAGAAAAUCAAAAAUUGCACGUUUCAUUUAGUUUUGAUUAAAAAAAAUUAAUAAAAGAAAUCGAUUACACAAGCGUUUAAGCGUUAGUAGCCUAAUGGCUAAAAGAAAUCGAUUACACAAGCGUUUUAAGCGUUAGUAGCCUAAUGGCAGGGCGUGGACCGCGAACUCGAAAGGUCGUGGGUUCGAAUCCGCCAUUUGACUACUGUCGUGAACCACUUCUAACACAAGCAUUUUAAGCUUACCAGAAGUGGUUAAAAGGAAUAUUAGUAAUGUUUAAUAGCAUUACUAGUAUUUUAUACC